AGUCCUAACGAUAACGAAAGUGCACCUUUUCAUCUGAGUUGUUCGUCGUCCUGAGAUGAACCUGCAUAUUUCAGUGGUAUUUGGCGAUGCAAUCUAUCAGAAAGCAGCGUUCGUUUCCACUGCAGAUGUUCUGACCGCCGGAGAAAAUCCAGCUGUUUCGUUCCUCUGGUCCUGAAUCUGUAGCCACGCCCCCACACCAGCCAGGAACAGACCGCUGCGCGGCGUUACCGGAGAGAAAUCCUGGAUCUGCACACCACGAUAAAUCAAACGUAGGCAUCGCUGAAUUUAGGUUUUCUAGUGGCAGCCUACUCCAGUGACUGCCAGGUAGCAUUGUAUUUGCAAGUUUCGUCGACACAGAAUGGCUGGAGGCUUUCCAUGAAGAACAUGUGAAAUGUGGAGGCAGCAGUCUGCAAUGCCGAGGCUUACUGCGAGCAGGCGGACCAUCAGCCAACCAGAGGACCUGGAGCGCUUCCUGUCGACCCUGACAGCCACGUUAUCACAUUAUCAGAUGCAUCAUCACAGACACCCCGACAUCUCUGGACCUGUAGUCAUGUAGCUGGAAGUGGUUCCGUCUGAGUAUCUGCACGCGACUGCUUAGAGCUGCCUCUGGGUGAGAACUGGGGUGGAACAUGGAUAAAAGCCAAGAGGUCCUCAACCUGUCCUUCCUCCUGGAGCACGAGCGGGAGGUGAUCCUCAGCGUCCUCCAGAAGGAUGAGAAGCUGCGGAAGCUGGAGGAGAAAAGGAUCAGGAAGCUGAAGAACGAGCUGCUGGAGAUGAAGAGCAAGGGCGUGCGGCGCCCCCUGGAGCCUGGAGACCGCCAGUGCCCUCGCUGCCAGAGGGCCCUGGGCCUGAUCUUCGAGCGUGGGGAGCCGUGCACCGAGUGCGGCCAGCGUGUCUGCAGCCAGUGCCGGGUGGCUGUGCCCGGGGGCCGGUCGAGGUGCACCGUCUGCAACAAGAUCCUGGAGCUGAAAGUGGUCUCAGGGGAGUGGUUCCUCGAAGAGCGGUCCAAGAGGUUCUCACAGGUGACCGUGCCAAGCAGUGAGGUGGUCAAGCAGUCCAUCCUGACAAGCCCCGCUGGUGAUGUCAAGGCUGACCGUGAGAAACCACGGUCCAACCAGAGAGUGCAGGAGAGGCCAGACACGCCCAAGUCAGGCAGGAGUGCCUUCCAAAAUGCUUUGGCUGGGGCCAGGAGGAAAGGGAUGUGGCCAGACAAGAAGAACGGGCGGCCGGCCUCAAGAGGUGAGAAUGGGCUCAACCGCGAUGCUGAGGACCCCAAAAAGAUGGGUUCAACCCCCGAUCUGGAUGCACGGAGCAUCUGUAGUGGGCGCUCUACACCUCGGUCGCACAGGGGGAGUGUCGUGGCUCUGGAGUCCUCAGGGUCACCAACAAUACCCAACAACCUCCGCUCUCAAACCAUUGGGAGAUCCCCCACUCCCAGUAACCACAGCGUAGGCUCGAGGGACAGCAGGAGACCGGACGGCGCAGAGAGCGAGCCGAACUUCCAUGCCAGCGAGAGUGUCCCUGAUAAGAUGGCUGCCGGGCAUCACAGGACAGAGUGUGGCACCCCCACCAUUGCUGUGUCCAGAGCCUCACUCUCGUCAGACCGCAGCCGCUCAGAGGUGGACCUGAGCGCCCCCGGUGCCGAGCUCAACGACGACUCGCUGAGUCUGAGGUCCCGGUCUGUUCCGGGGGAUCUGAACGACGCUGAGUAUUCUGACGAAGACAGGGAUGAAGACAUUGACGCCCUGAUGUCUGCGCACACCCUCACUAUCAACCGGAGCAUGACAAGCGCGUUGUCCAUGUCUCCUCCUGCGAGCUCAGAGCGAAAGUGGAGCUAUCUCAAUGUUCCUGACUCGGAAGCUGAGACUAGCAGUCUCAACAGCAUGAUGAGUGUAUACAGUGAAACUGGAGAUUACGGCUACGCCCACGUCAGCGGAGAGAUCCUCCUCCACAUCACCUACAGCUACAAGACUGGCGCGCUCAACGUCCUGGUGAAGGAGUGCCGCAACCUGGCCAUCGGGGACGAGCGGAGGCAGCGCACUGACCCCUACGUCAAGGCAUACCUCCUACCUGACAAGUCCCGUCAGAGCAAGAGGAAAACCAGCGUCAAGACCAACACCACCAAUCCUGUGUUCAAUGAGACACUGAAGUACGUGAUCAGCCACUCCCAGCUGGAGACUCGGACCCUGCAGCUCUCUGUGUGGCACAGUGACCGGUUUGGACGUAACAGCUUCCUCGGAGAGGUGGAGAUCACUUUCGACUCCUGGGAGUUUGAGAACCAGACAGAGGAGUGGUUCGCACUGCAGCCCAAGGCUGAGAGUGGCAUGGACACCAUGCUCCAGUACAAAGGGGAGCUGACUGUGGUGCUGAGGUACAUCCCUGCAGAGAAGAACCUCAUGCUGCCCCUGGACCAAGUACAAGCAAAGAAAGGGUUUCUGAAAGGGAAGAAGUCCAGCAUCAAGCUGCCGAAAGGAGGAAUGGUGGAACUGCUCAUUAAGGAAGCUAAGAAUCUGACCGCUGUGAAGUCCGGAGGGACGUCAGACACUUUUGUAAAAGGGUACCUUCUGCCUGACAACAACAAGUCGACGAAGCACAAGACCGCAGUGGUAAAGAAGAGUGUGAACCCACAGUGGAACCACACCUUCACCUACUGUGGCCUGCAGCCAGGGGACCUCAACAACGUGUGCCUGGAGCUGACUGUCUGGGACAAGGAGCCCCUCUCCAGCAACGUCUUCCUGGGGGGUGUGCGACUCAGCGCUGGGACCGGUCUGAGCUAUGGUAAUGAGGUGGACUGGAUGGAUUCCCAUGGGGAGGAGCAGCGGCUAUGGCAACGCAUGAUUGACAACCCAGAGGUCCCUCAGGAGUGCACCCUUAUGUUGCGGUCCAGCAUGGCCAAGCAGCAAACAUGAGGUGUCCCUUCCCACCCCACCCCAGCCCAACCAACCCACCUUUCCUGCAAUAUGAAACCAACCCAGCCAGUCAUUAUCAAGCUAUGCUCUGGGCCUGCUGAAGUCCUGUUCCCCAAAUCCCUGGGUACACACCUCUGGAAAAUGUCUUGCCUGCCUUAUAAAUACCCAGUCUUGUAUGCCCCAUCUCUUAAAACAUGAGGCACAUUAGGUUUCACUGAAGACCAAGCACUGCUACUGAACAAAUGUGAUUAAUUGAAAGGUUUCAGUUCCUGUCUAUGUACUGCAAUGAGCUUACAGGUGAUUUGCAGGUCAACAGUCAAUAGAGCAUGUUGCCACUUCGUUUGUGUAGUCCUGGUGUUUUCCCCGACCACUGUAGACCAUGGCAGUGACAGUCACAUAGUCACUGUCUUCACUGUGUCCUAGCAUUGCGGAUGUGUUUCUUUCAUCAAGGAGUUUUUUUUUAAUCAAACAGAACAUUUCUUUGAGGACCGUGAAAUAGAAAUAAAAAAUCAGGCUCCUUUCGAGAACUUAUGAGCACAAAGGGCUGGAUUCAGUCAACAUUUAAGUGUGAGUCAAAGCUAACAAGUGUUGCUUUUACUCUCAAAAGACACAGUUUGGCUAGUUCAACAAUCGCCAAAAUUAAACAUAUAUAUAAAUUUUUAUUGAAAAAGUAACACUGAAAUUUUUUGGAUAGUCAAAGUGUAGGAGAACUGUUGAUUAAAUCCAGGACAGAGUCUUCUCAAUAAAAUAAAAUGUAUCUCUUGGCAUAAACAGUGGCAUAUUUAUUCCGCAUACACUUUUUUUCCUGUAAGGAGUGGUUUUAUAUUUUUUAUAAUGAAGUCAGAUUUUUCACAAGCUGUUGUAGUCAUGGCUCAGAGAACUGACUCAGUUGUGAGGAGGUCUCCUUGAAGGAAGGACAAUACACAUUCAGUUGUGGCACAAAUAUUUUAGAUGUCAAGCACAAAGUAGUACAAUGAGCUUAGAAGACGAAUUUGUGUGUGUAGAUUUUCAUUUCCACUCUGAUUGCCAAGUAAAACAUUACAGGUUGUUGAAUGGCACAUCCGCUGGGAACAAUAGCACCUGUUUUACAGCUAACCAUGGCCUUGACUGCCUCCCUGCUUUCAUUUCUGUAAUGCUCAUCUGUUGUAAUAAAUAAUCAUUUUUGUCCAUCACACUAUUUGUACCAAUGUUUGCUUCCUCCUUUUGAUGAGAACAUUCCAUUAAUCUUUUUGCAUUGCCCGUUUAAUAGUUUGAAAAACAAAACUUGUAUCUAAUAGUCUGUGAUUGACUGUAUGCUUGCCAAAGCUGUCAUAAGAAACUGCCCAAGAUUAUUUUACAAAUUCUGCAAGUUUGGUAAUAUAUAAUGCUUAGAAAUGAAACUGUCUUCUCUCCAUAUAAAAUGGGAGGCCUUAUGAAAAAAUAUGAAUUCUUAGGAUGAGCUUCGUCUUAGCAACAUUUUCUUAAAAAAAAACUUUCAAAGAUUGGUCUAGAGAGUAACAGGAAAUGUCACUGUAUCUUUACACCAUGCUUACAAAUGACAAGAGAAGCAAAUUAAGGGGAGGUUAAGGAAUAGGACUUGGUGUUUUGUGAUGUCCUACUUUUGUGCAAUUUUACUUUCAAAUGCCACAUUUGCAUAUUUUUCUGCCUCCGUUAUUCCCUUCCCCAGAGGCAUUUGGGUCCAUUAUGUUGUCUACCCGUUCGGAUGUCCCUAAUAGAUGUUACUUAUGUGUGAUAUUCUGCCUCUUCAGGAGAACUUCACCAUGUCAGCAGCAUGCAGUGUCUGUUCAGUGCUUUCUGUUGAA